CAGAGGACGAGCUCUUCCAAAUCCAAACGCCCACCUUCCCUUACAAUUUUCACUUCUGGUAGUCGGCAACCUAAGAAGACACAAGUCGACAUUGACAAUCCUCGCUCGGCCAUUCAACGAGUUUCGUCUCUCCCAUCUUCAUUGAUGGCUGAAAAUAAUCGCGCUAUACAAAUCAUCAGUCCACUGACACGCACUCAAGCUGCAGAUCAACACGCAUCGACUGAUUCCAAUGCGGAUAUUGUCUCCCUCGAGCCAAGUUCACUUACAAUAGUCGAACCAGCGAACAACUACGAUAGUAUCAUUGACACUCGUAUCGACAGCACUGUCAAAUCCAACACAUUCCUAACUGACUCGAAUGUGACUCAUUCUGUGCCUGAGGUUGCCCCCACAUUGCCGCUGUCUUCUGUCUCAUUCCACAGUCUUCUUGAGAACCUUGCAUCAUCAUUGAAGACUCCCGUUACUGGACCGAUCAUCCCCGCUUUCGCUAACGUGACACUUGCAGAUAUUCCUAUGACACAACGAGUUGGACCCGGAAUGCAACCACCUGCUGCCAGUAUGCCGCCAUUGAUCGGCAAUCCAAAGAAGAAAAGAGAAUUAAACCUGAACGCUGCACUGCGUCCCACCAAAUCAAAUACUGCUAGAAACCUCUGUGCUAUCGCAUACAAAGAACAAAAUAAAGGAAGAGUCGUUACCGUUGGUGAAUUUGCUGCAUACUGGGACAAUCUGUCCGAAGAGAUGCGAAAGCCAUUUGUUGAUCAGGUCGAGCAAAUCAAACGGGUAUACCCUCGUACAGUACUGAUGAGACGACGCUGAUACUAACUAUAUUCUCGCAUAGGCUAAAGCAAGCGC